AACACCAUCAUGAAGGCUAAGCAGCAAGAACGUUCUCUUGCUGCUGUCAAUUUCUUCAGUGCUCAAUCACACAUGUUCAAAUUCUUCUCUCAUGUUCUUGCAUUUGCCUCUGGUUUGCUCAUCGGAAUCACCAUCAUCACUUUCUCUCUCAAAAGCUUUUCCCCAAACUUUCAAUCCCUUCAAUCUCUGCCUGCUUCAAUCUCAACUUUGCACAAUGCUUCAAAAGUCACCAUCUUCACUCCAAACGAGUCAACAAAGGUUAUGCAUGACAUGACAGAGGAAGAGUUGCUGUGGAGAGCUUCCAUGGUUCCUAGGAUUAAGGAACUGCCCUACAAACACGUCCCAAAGGUCGCAUUUAUGUUUCUUACUAAAGGGCCAGUCUUUUUGGGUCCACUCUGGGAGAGAUUCUUCAAAGGAAAUGAAGGCUUCUAUUCUAUCUACGUCCAUUCCCAUCCUUCUUUCAAUCAAACACUGCCUCAAACUUCUGUCUUUCAUGGCCGCAGAAUCCCAAGCAAGGAAGUAAGAUGGGGUGAUUUCAACAUUGUAGGAGCAGAGAGGCGUCUGCUAGCCAAUGCUCUGCUCGAUUUCUCCAACCAACGUUUUGUUCUUCUAUCAGAAUCAUGCAUUCCUCUGUUCAACUUCUCAACCAUUUAUAACUACCUCAUAAACUCGACCAAAACCUUCGUAGAAUCCUAUGAUCUCCCAGGUCCAGUGGGGAGAGGCAGGUACAGUCCCAGAAUGAGGCCACUGGUUCGGCUUUCUCAGUGGAGAAAAGGGUCCCAAUGGUUCCAAAUAGACCGUCCCCUUGCAACUGAAAUAGUGUCUGACCAACUGUACUUUCCCCUGUUCAACAAACAUUGCAGGAAUGGAUGUUAUGGAGAUGAGCACUACUUGCCAACUUUUGUCAGCAUCAAGUUUUCGCAGAGGAACUCUGACAGAACUUUGACAUGGGUUGAUUGGUCUCAGGGCGGACCCCAUCCAGCUAGGUUUAUGAGAAGGAAUGUAACCAUUGAUUUUCUCAAGAGACUAAGGCAUGGAACAACAUGUCAUUACAAUGGGAACACCACCAAUAUUUGCCACCUCUUUGCAAGAAAGUUCCUUCCACAGGCUUUAGAUAGAUUGCUCAGGUUUGCUCCAAAGAUAAUGCACUUCAACUGAUUUCUCUUUUCUCAUGCUCGUUUUUGCUCCCCAGAGAUUAAUUUCAGUACUAUUAUUCAAGUAUUUAAACAAAAGAAUCCAUUGUAUACUAUAAACAGUUCAUUUCAUAGCAUGUUUCUCAUGAAAAUGGGUGUAUUUAUAAACAUAAAUAUAUACAUAUCAGAGUUUAAA